GCGGCACGGGAGGAGGAGGAGGAGCGCCGCCUCCUCUUCUUCCUCCCCCUCUCCUCCUCCUCCUCCUCCUCCUCCAGAUGUGCGCGGGUCCCCGGCCGGGGACAGCCCUUCGGGGGAGGCGGCAGCGCCGCUCCGCAGCCCCCUGCCCGGGCACCGCCGGCGGCCAACUUCGCCGGGGAGACCCGCGGGGGGGAGAGCCGCCUCCAUCCCUUCCCCGGUACCGGCGGCGCCUCUCCCGCCCCCCGGCUCUCCUCCCUCCCUCCAUCCAUCCCUCCAUCCCUCCCUCCUUCCCUCCAUCCCUCCCUCGUUCCCUCCCCGCCCGCCCCGUCGCCGAGCGGGAGCCGCCAGCGGUGCGAGCGGAGCCGGAGCCGGGGCAGCCGCUGCCGCCCCCCGCCUCUCCCGGCCCGGCCCGGCCCGGCCCCUGCCCCUCUUCCUCCUCCUCCUCCUCCUCCUCUUCCUCCUCCUCCUCCGUCCCGCCCAAGCCAUGAACUUUGGCCGCGGCCCCCCGGUGGUGUUGAACGUCGGGGGCACCCGGUACUCCUUCUCCCGGGAGGUGCUGAAGGAUUUCCCGCUGCGGCGGGUGAGCCGCCUGCACGGCUGCCUGUCGGAGCAGGACGUGCUGGAGGUGUGCGACGACUACGACCGGGAGCGGAACGAGUAUUUCUUCGACCGGCACUCGGAGGCUUUCGGCUUCAUCAUGCUCUACGUGCGGCACGGCCACCUGCGCUUCGUGCCGCACAUGUGCGAGCUCUCCUUCUACAACGAGCUGCUCUACUGGGGGCUGGAGGGCUCCCACCUCGACUACUGCUGCCAGCGCCGCCUCGACGACCGCCUGGCCGAGUCGCGGCCCUAUUACUGCCCCGAGGAGCCGGCGGGGGACGCGGGCGGCGACCCCCGGGCCAAGGGGCGGCGGGCGGCGGGGGGCGAGGGCGGCAAGUGGCUGGAGAGGAUGCGGAGGACUUUCGAGGAGCCCACGUCUUCCCUGGCCGCCCAGGUCCUGGCCACCGUCUCCAUCCUCUUCGUCAUCGUGUCCAUGGUGGUGCUGUGCGCCAGCACCCUGCCCGAGUGGCGGGCGCCGGAGAACCGCAGCGUGGAGGAGCAGAGCAGGUACACAGCAGAGUCAGUGAGGGAGCCCUCAGGGAUAAUUGAAGCUAUCUGCAUAGGCUGGUUCACUGCAGAGUGCAUUGUGAGGUUCAUCGUUUCAAAAAACAAGUGUGAGUUUGUCAGAAGACCUCUCAACAUCAUUGAUUUACUGGCAAUUACUCCUUACUACAUCUCUGUUCUAAUGACAGUUUUUACAGGGGAAAACUCACAGCUUCAGAGGGCUGGAGUCACCUUGAGGGUCUUAAGAAUGAUGAGGAUUUUUUGGGUGAUUAAACUGGCUCGUCAUUUCAUUGGCCUUCAAACACUUGGUCUGACUCUGAAGCGUUGUUACAGAGAGAUGGUGAUGCUCCUUGUCUUUAUCUGUGUUGCUAUGGCAAUUUUCAGUGCACUUUCCCAGCUUCUUGAAAAUGGGCUGGACUUGGGAACAAAGAAUAAGGAUUAUGCCAGCAUCCCUGCUGCUUGUUGGUGGGUGAUCAUCUCUAUGACCACGGUUGGUUAUGGUGACAUGUGUCCCAUCACUGUACCAGGAAGGAUUCUCGGAGGAAUUUGCGUGGUUAGUGGCAUCGUUUUACUAGCCUUGCCAAUCACCUUCAUUUAUCAUAGCUUCGUGCAGUGUUACCAUGAGCUCAAGUUCCGGUCUGCUCGGUACAGUAGAAGCCUCUCAGCUGAAUUCUUAAAUUGACCAAACUUGAGUUCUGUUGUAGUUACUUGCUAAGCUUUGUCUUAGGAGAAGAUGGUGGAAAGUCUCUUCACGUGUCCUCCUUGACUGGAUGGUCCUAUGGAACAACAUUCUCGCCAGCCUGGAGAAAGCCCUUCACCAUUCAGACAGGAAGGAUGACCACCUGCCUUGGGCACCUUGCAAGGAGAGGGAUUGAUGUUUCAAAUUUGAGAGAACAACACAAGAGGAUUCAGAAGUCCUCCACCAGACCAAUUUGGUCUUCAGUUUGCCUUUCCACACAAAAGCAGAACAAAAAAUGUGCUUAACGUUGAGUUUCGUCAUUCCCAUAAUUACAUCCUAUAUCAAAGCAAUGUGUAGCAGAAGUUUUUCAAAGAUUAAAAAUCUAAAUGCUCUGUAGAGGCAUCAUACUCUCUUGCCUGAAGUAUCUCUACUUCUAACCCAGAUAACCAAACUAAAUACUUGAAGGAGAAUUGCUGCUACUUUUGAGCUUCACAACACAGUACAGCUGGUUCUGUGACUUAGAAAAGAUGAAGAAUAUAGGUCAGUAGGGAAAAAAAUCUUGAGGUCUGAUUCUGAUCUUUGAUGAAGCACACAGAUUUUCCAUUAAAAAACAGCGGAGUCAGUGUCUUUGCUCUGAAUUUAUAGUGGAAUAACUAAAAAGAGUACAUAUACCUUUGAACGUUGUAGCAAGGACUUCCUUAACGACAAUUACUUUCGUCUCUGGAACCAAAUGUUUAAUAGAAGUGUGGUACUUUAUAAAGGUCAGCAUAAAAAAUCAGGCAUUGAUAAAUAUAUUUUCUGGUAGUUUAGUGGGGGAGCUAUCCAAAUUUUACAUACACUCAGUUCAACUCCAUCCACCUGAAGUUACAUAUUCACAAACAUAUUUUUUCCCAUUUAAACGAACAUAUAUAUAUCAUAGUGAAAGUCCUUUAAGACCAAUUAUAAGAUUCCAUCACUUGAAACAGUCCAGAGAAAGCAAGAGUAGCUGCUCCCUGUCAGAUGAGACUUGUCAUCAUCUUGAAAUUCAGCAAUCCUUACAGAAGGGUACAUUUUACUUUCAUAGAAGUUUUAAAAACAACUGUAAAAAGCCCAAAAGAGGUCAAAGAAAGUAAAAUAUAGAAGUGUAAGUUGCGCUUGGCAAAAGGGUAUAUUCUCCAAUGUAACUAGAAAAUUAAAAUGAAUCAAGUUAGGUUCUGAAAUAUUGUUCACUACAUUUCUUGUGUAGUACUGCUAAAUAGCCUUGUUCAGUAUAAUUCUGAAAAGCUGCUAUAUAGAACUGUGCAGUUGGAUACUAAAACAUAUUUAGGUAUAGCUUUACAAAUUUGGGUACCAAUAAACAUCAUUAUUAACCUGGAAGUUCAGAGUCAUCGGCAUAGUUGAAUUUGAUGUGCUUGCCUGAAAAUAAUGCGUUUACUAUUACUGUGCUGUAAAAGCAUCUUUUAUAUAUGUAUUUGUUAACAGCUCUAGAAAUAAAAUGAGUACCACCUAGAAAACGCAUCUCUGGAACUGCUCACUCAAAUAGAAAUGCCACGUUGGUCAAUGACCAGCAUGUUGAAGGCUCUACCAUGAAAAGAGCACUCAAGACUUGAAAAACUCAUUUAGCAUUUUAAGUGGUCUUAGUCUUAAGUAGUCUUAAGGAAUUACAUUGCAAAUACAAUUUUUCUGAAGACCUGGAAAGAACUUUAGUAGCCUCCUCACAGACAAGCUUGACAAUUCCUUCAGUAGUUUUUAAAGAACACAUUAUUAAGUAAUGUUACAGACAUACCUCUGUUUCUUGCCACUGAUGUUCUGGCGUUCAGCUCUAAACUUCCCUAUACCUCUAUAUUUAUGCCUUUUGUAUCGAAAUUAUGUAGUUCAGGAAUGUUCUCUUGCAUCCACAGAGAGAUAAAUAUCAGCAAAAAGUUCUGUCUUAGGUGAGAUUCACAGCUGAUGUUAGCUAGGUAAAUAGUGACUUCAGAGGCACUUAGAUGUUUUACACCAGCAGAGAUGCUGGCUCUGUAUUCCUGCAUGUGUACCUAUAUAUAUCCUGCAUAUAUUAUACAUUAUUGUCAGGUGAAAUGUUUUCUCCUCCUUACAAAAAAAUUCCUUCUUGACAAAAUUGAAAUUUCAGACUUCAAUCCAAACAGAGCUGAUUGAGGAAAAUGACAUUUUCAUCUUCUAAUGAAAAGUUUAUUUUGACAGUAUCAGAAAAACCCCCUUUUCAAGGAGAAAACCUUUAUUUUUUUAUACUUUUCUCCAUUUUUUUCCAUUAAAAAUGAAAAAACCCACGUAAUAACUUUGCCCCACAGAUUUUCAUAUGCUGUUUUCCAAGUAUUAAUGCUUGGGAAAAAAUACCAAUAAAACUCCUUAAAAUUUA